AUGGCUAGAGAAUUAUGGUUAACUCACCCAAGAAACUUCGGUCCAGGUUCCCGUACCUGUCGUAAAUGUGGCAACCAUCACGGUAUCAUCAGAAAAUACGACUUAAACAUGUGCAGACGUUGUUUCCGUACCGACGCUGAAGCCAUCGGUUUCAACAAAUACCGUUAA